CCCCUACCCCACCCACCCCAACACCGCCCCUAGCCCCUACUUGUUCUCAAGCUUCUCUUAUUAAGUACACCAUAAUUCAGCUAGUUUUUUUCUCUCUCUAGAAAAUACAGAUUCAUCAAUGGAAACUCUAGCAAAACCUCAAGAAUUUCAAAACCCAUGUCUUAUUUCAUCACCAGAUAGCCAUAGCUCCAACAGUUCAAGCUGUAGCAAUAGCAGCAACACCAAUGUUCUUCACCACCACCAACACCAUCAUCAUCGCUACCCAACACCACCCACCACCCCAACACCCACUACCCCACCACCCCAACAACAACUACCCAUCACUAGAUCCGAACCCAACAACCCAUACCCAACUACCUUCGUUCAAGCUGACGCUUCCUCUUUCAAACAAGUAGUUCAAAUGCUUACUGGUUCCUCCGAACCCGCCAAGCCCGCUGGUAGUCCCAAUUCCGGCCGGGCUGAGCCUGUUAGAAACCCAAUCCCACCGAUCAAAACUGGAACAAAAAAGGAGAAAACAAGUUCAAAGCUCUACGAGCGUAGGAACAGUAUGAAGAACUUCAAAAUUAGCCCAUUAGGUCCAGGUGUUGUGAAUAAUAAAUCAAUUUUCUCAGGUGGGUUUUCGGGUUCUCCAAGAACUGCUACACCGGAGAUAUUAUCGCCGAGCAUUCUUGAUUUUCCGGCGUUGGCGCUUAGUCCGGUAACUCCACUCAUACCCGACCCGUUUAAUCGGAGCCCCGAGAAGUUGGAUUUGGAAGCUGAAGAGAAAGCAAUUGCCAAAAAAGGGUUUUUUUUACAUCCAUCACCGGCGAGUACUCCGAGAGAAUCGGAGCCCCGACUUUUACCUUUGUUUCCGGUUACUUCACCUAGAGUUUCAGGUGGCAACCAAUAUGGAUUUCUGCUGCAUAUCGCUAGAGUCGAAGCAAAUGUCCUCCAUGAACACUAAAACUUACAGUCUAAUGAUGUUAGUACUAUCUUUGAUGUAGUAGUACGUACGUAUGAGUUUAAUUUACUUUUUAUAUCUCAAUUUGAAACAUUUUUUUAAAGAAAUGUUUGGUAUGAUCAAAGUAAUGGAAGAGAUUAAUAGUGCAAGUUCAAAUAA